AUCAACUCCAAUAUUUCUCAUACUCCAAUAUUUCAGUAUUUCUCAUAAAUCUGCCAACUUCAAACACACUAGACAUACAGCAGAGAAAUGAAGGAAACGCUGCUACCUUUCUUCCUCUCAUUUCUUCUCUUCACCUCAUCCCCCUCUUCAGCCGCUCGACCAGCCAGUAAUGCCGUUCGUGACAUCGACGGAAAAAAGGUCAUCGUCGGAGCCCAUUACUACAUAUUGCCUGUUAUUCGCGGCCGCGGUGGCGGCCUAACUCUUGGCAGCGCCGACAACGAAACUUGCCCUCUUGAUGUCAUCCAGGAGCAGUUUGAAGUUAAAAGGGGCCUCCCGUUAACGUUUACACCAGUAAACACCACUAAAGGCGUGGUCCCAGUUUCAACUGAUCUGAACAUCAAGUUCUUUGCUGCUACAAUUUGUGUUCAGUCAACUGUCUGGAAGCUUGAAUUUGACGCAGAUAUAUCACAAUACGUGAUAGUCAGUGGCGGAAUUGAAGGAAAUCCAGGCCGUGAAACCAUAAGCAACUGGUUCAAGAUUGAAAAAUAUGAUCAGGAUUACAAGCUCGUUUAUUGUCCUACUGUUUGUAACUUCUGUAAGGUCAUCUGCAGAGAUGUUGGGAUAUUUGUGCAGAAUGGGAGGAGACGUCUUGCUUUGAGUGAUGUACCAUUCAGGGUUUUCUUCAAGAAAGCUGAAUAUUGAAUAUUAUCCUUGUUCCCUUCGAUUUUAA